CCUUGGUAGCAAGCACUCCCUGAGCUAAACAGCAUCACCAUGUCUGUUGGAUACAGCUCAAGCAAGCAAUACUCUUCCUCCCGCAGUGGGGGAGGAGGAGGUGGAGGAGGAGGAGGAUCAUCCUUCAGAAUUUCGAGCAGCAAAGGCUCCAUUGGUGGAGGAUUUAGCUCAGGGGGGUUCAGUGGUGGCUCCUUUAGUCGCGGGAGCUCUGGUGGAGGCUGCUUUGGGGGAUCAUCAGGUGGCUAUGGAGGAUUAGGAGGAGGUUUUGGUGGAGGUAACUUUGGUGGAGGCUAUGGAAGCAGUAGCUUUGGUGGGGGCUAUGGAGGAGGCAGCUUUGGAGGGGGAAGCUUUGGAGGGGGCAGUUUUGGCGGGGGCGGCUUCAGUGGAGGCAGCUUUGGAGGCUAUGGGGGUGGAUAUGGAGGAGAUGGUGGCCUUCUCUCCGGAAAUGAAAAAGUAACCAUGCAGAAUCUGAAUGACCGCCUGGCUUCCUACUUGGACAAAGUUCGGGCUCUGGAAGAAUCAAACUACGAGCUAGAAGGCAAAAUCAAGGAGUGGUAUGAAAAGCAUGGCAACUCAAGCCAGAGAGAGCCUCGUGACUACAGCAAAUACUACCAAACCAUCGAAGAUCUUAAAAAUCAGAUCCUCAAUCUAACAACUGAUAAUGCCAAUAUCCUGCUUCAGAUCGACAAUGCCAGGCUGGCAGCUGAUGACUUCAGAUUAAAGUAUGAGAACGAGGUAGCCCUGCGCCAGAGUGUGGAGGCUGACAUCAACGGCCUGCGCCGGGUGCUGGAUGAGCUCACCCUGACCAAGGCUGACCUCGAGAUGCAGAUCGAGAGCCUGACUGAAGAGCUGGCCUACCUGAAGAAGAAUCAUGAAGAGGAAAUGAGAGACCUUCAGAAUGUGUCCACUGGUGAUGUAAAUGUAGAAAUGAAUGCUGCCCCAGGUGUUGAUCUGACUGAACUCCUAAAUAACAUGAGAAACCAAUACGAACAACUUGCUGAACAAAACCGAAAAGAUGCUGAAGCCUGGUUCAAUGAAAAGAGCAAGGAACUGACUACGGAAAUCAACAGUAACAUUGAACAAAUGUCCAGCCACAAAUCUGAGAUUACUGAAUUGAGACGCACUGUUCAAGGUCUGGAAAUCGAACUACAGUCCCAACUAGCCCUGAAACAAUCCCUGGAAGGCUCCUUGGCAGAAACAGAAGGUCGCUACUGCGUGCAGCUCUCACAGAUUCAGGCCCAGAUCUCCGCUCUGGAGGAACAACUGCAACAGAUCCGAGCUGAGACGGAGUGCCAGAAUGCCGAGUACCAACAACUCCUGGAUAUUAAGAUCCGAUUGGAGAAUGAAAUUCAAACCUACCGCAGCCUGCUAGAAGGAGAAGGAAGUUCCGGCGGCGGCGGCUACGGCGGCGGGCGCGGCGGCGGAAGUUCCGGCGGCGGCUACGGCGGAAGUUCCGGCGGCGGCGGCUACGGCGGCGGAAGCUCCGGCGGCGGCUACGGCGGAAGUUCCGGCGGCGGCGGCCACAGCGGUGGUCACAGCGGUGGUCACAGCGGUGGUCACGGCGGUAGCUCGGGCGGCGGCUACGGCGGCGGCAGCAGCUCCGGCGGGGGCGGUUACGGCGGGGGCAGCUCCGGAGGCGGCGGCGGCCACGGCGGUAGCUCGGGCGGCGGCUACGGCGGCGGCAGCUCCUCCAGCGGAGGUCACAAGUCUUCGUCUUCCGGGUCGGUUGGCGAGUCCUCUUCUAAGGGACCAAGGUCAGCAGAAACUAGCUGGGAUACUAACAAAACCAGAGUGAUCAAGACAAUUAUUGAAGAAGUGACACCUGAUGGUAGAGUCCUUUCGUCUAUGGUUGAAUCAGAAACCAAGAAACACUACUAUUAAGCUGCGUCAAGAGGAAAGAGUCUCCCUUCACACAGACCAUUAUGUACAGGUGCAUGAACAACAAAAUCUCCAAGGAAACACUUCAGUCUUAAUGGUCUACGGAAAUUGGUUCACUCCUUGAAAAUAAGGUGUCUGAAAGGUGUUUUGUGGUUUCUGUAUUUCUUCUUUUCGCUUUACCAGAAAGUGUUUCUUUCAUGGAAAAAAAAAAUCUUUUCUAUUCUCAUUCACUAAUGAAUUCCAAUAAACUUUCUUACUGAUGCAAGCUA